AUGGCCGGCGUUGUCGCUAAGUACGCAAUGAAGAAAGCGUUGGGGAAGGAGAUGGAAAAAUACAAGUCCAAGGACGUAUCCGGUCCAUAUGAUCCCUACUACGCGUUGGUACCAGACAAGAAGAAGCCAAACAAGAUGAGGAAAGUCAAGAAGCAGAUCCCGGACUAUCUUUCCGACAAUGAUGUCAAUGUCUUAGCCAAAGCCCGCAAGACCGCCUACAGGCUGGACUACGCCCUCUUCACCCUCUUUGGAAUCCGAUUUGGAUGGUCUUCAGUCAUCGGCCUUGUCCCUGCCGUGGGUGACGCCGCAGGUUCGGCCUUGGCCUUGAACCUCGUUCGGAACAUGAUGAAGGUUGAUGGCGGUCUGCCGGUUUCUGUCCUCAUCAUGAUGCUGUUCAACGUCGCCUUUGACUUUCUGAUUGGCCUUGUUCCCUUCCUUGGCGACCUUGCCGAUGCAGCAGUCAAGGCCAAUGGCAAGAACGUUCGCCUACUCGAAGAGCACCUCGACAAGCUCUACAAGCCCAAGGAACUGGUGGACAGAGAUUCCAAGCUGCCAAGGGAACGACGACCGCGCCCUGCCUCCGUCUAUGUUGACUUUGACGAUGAGAUUGAUGAGCGCCGCAACACUUUUGAGGAUGACCACGAUGACGUUCGCCACCCGCAGCGUACCUACGGUGCAGGACGUGUCCAAGACGAGGAGAUGGGCGGACGAUACGAACCUCAACGAUCGCACAGGGACGAAAGACCCAGCCGCAACAACACUAGGAGUAGCAGACGUUGA